GGAGCUGGAGCCCAAGAGCUGGCGCCGCGCACGUGCUCGCUGCCCGAAGGCAUUAACCAUGGGCCGCUGCCCGGCGGAAGGCCUGGAGGCGAGCAUCCACGUGCUCUUCCUCUUCGGCGUGGCCGCCUUUUUGGCCUGGGACAGGUACAAGCGCGACGACCUGGACCGGCCGAAUAGAAAACAGGCCGACUGGGCGACGGCGCUCGCGCGCUUCGUGUGCCGCCGGCCGCUGGGCAUCGUCUCCAUUAUUGCUGCUUACGCCGCGUACCUCUCGCUCGCGGCGUUCGUCGACGUCGACUGCCUCGAGGCGCGCUCCUUGCACCUCGUGACGGCGCUCGAGCAGUACGCCCGCCAGGACGAGGUCACGUCCUACAACCUGGACAACUGGGAGAGCGCCCAGAAGGCGUCGGUUUCCGCGGGCCUCUGCGCGCCGGCGCGCCGGCGCCUCGCCGCCGUCGGCGACACGGAGCACUUGAAACUAUUCUACGCGGCGCGGAACCGGCCGGCCGACGUCAUCACCGCGAAGUCGCUCCUGGACGCGCGCAUCCUCGAGGGGCGCGUCACGAGCGACGACGGCUUCGACGACCACUGCUACGUCGCCGGCGGGGCCGGCGGCGCGAACCGCCGGUGCUCGAACGCCGCCGUGCGCAGCUGGACCGACCCCUUCUUCGCGGGCGGCGCCGUCGUCUCCAAUAUUGACGCGGCGGCCGCCGAGUUCGCGGAGUCGGCCGAGGGCCGCUACUUCUUCGACGUCUUCUUCACCAUCAAGAAUCCUACAAGCAACGUGUCGCGGUCCGAGAUCUUCUUCAGCCUCACGGACCGCGAGGCCUUUCGACAGUGGGCCAAGGACUACCUCCUCCCGACGCGCGGCGCGGCGCAGAAAUCAGCCGGGAGCACGUCGCGUCGAUGGCGUGCACACGAGAGUUCCCACACACAGGCUCGAACGGGCGUCGACGGCGGACACGCGCGUCUGCUGGCUCAACGGCGACGUGAACGACAUUGAAGUGGAGGAGGCCGUGACGCACGACGCGCUCCUGGCCAUCGGGUCGCUCAUCUUCGUCUACCUCUGCAUGAUCGUCCACACGCGCAGCCCGAUCGUCGCGACGGUGGCCAUGGCGCAGGUGCUGGCGUCGGUGCCGAUCGGCGUCUACCUCCACCGGGCGCUCUUCCACGUCGACCAGUUCUACGUGCUGAACUUCCUGGGGCUCUUCAUCAUCGCGGGCAUCGGCGCGGACGACAGCUUCCUGCUCUUCGACGUCUGGAAGGCCGAGGUGGAUCGCGGGCCGUCGCGGACGCUGCCGGAGAUUUUGGCGGCCGCGUACCGGGCCGCGGGCGCGUCCAUGGCCGUCACGUCGAUAAGUAGCGCGGCGUCGUUCUUCGCCAACACCUACUCGACGCUGCCGGCGCUGCGGUCCUUCGGCAUCUUCUGCGGCACGCUGAUCAUGGUCAACUUCGCCUUCGUCAUGCUCGUCUUCCCGGCCGCGCUCGUCAUGCGGAGCCGCAUGCGGCCGCCGGCCGAGGACGCGCGCGUCGACGUCGGCGGCGAGGACGUCGUCGACGCGUCGUCCGUGCAGGUGCUGGAGCGGCCGGCGACACCCACGGGCGACGAGGGCGACGCGAACCCCCUCGCCCUGCGCGCCGCGCCGGCGGCGCGCUCGCGUUCGCGCUCGGACGACGACGAGGAGCGGGAGCCCCUGAACCUCUGGGGCCGCGUGGCCGUGGUCCUGGCGACGCCGGCGGAGCUCGCCGAGGCCUACCAGCGCUUCAAGAGCUGGGCCGCGAUCGACAAGUUCUUCGGGCGCACGCUCCCGACGGCGGUGAAGCGCUUCCACAAGGUCAUCCUCGUCGCGGCGCUGGCCCUGGCGGUCAUGGGCUUCGCGUCGACGGCGGCCGAGCUCAAGGCCGACGACGAGCCGCCGCGCUUCUUCCAUCGCUCGCACAACCUCGGGCUGGUCUACGAGCUCAGCGAGGACUACUUCGCGGCGGGCGCCGAGCGGGGGCUCUCCUCCGCCGGCGGCGUCGUCAACGUCGACGUCGAGGCGCCGACGCCGGGCCCGACGCCGCGCCCGGUCGCCGCGCCGUCCGCGCCGACGCCGUCGCAGACCACCCCCAGCGCAAAGCCGACCGUGCAGCCCCUCCCCCAGCCCACGCCCCGGCCCACGCCCGAGCCCACGCCCAAGGCCAGCAACCCGACGGGGGCGCCCGUCUUCGCGCCGACGCCAAAGCCGACGCCGCUCCCCACGCCGCGGCCCUCUUCCGUGGUGCCGGCGCCCACGCCGCCCGUCGGGCCCGUCGCCCCGCAGCCGACGGCCGCGCCGACAAUCCUAACGGACGAACGAUUCUGCAACGGCGCGGGCACGAGUUAUUACGACGACGGCGGCGCCAUUAAGUGCGAGUGCUUCGCGGGCUUUGCGGGCACGCGGUGCGAGACCCAGGACGUCCAGUAUCUGGAUCCCGGCGCCAUGGUCACCCUCGACCUCGUCCACGGCCUCAAGCAGCGGCCCGGCAAGCCGACGGCGCGGUACCGCUUCGGCAAGCCGCGGUACCGGGGCGCCUUCGACCUGGCCGAGCCGGAGGCCCAGGUUUAUGUGAGGGACACGUGCCUGAAGGCCGUCGGCAAGUCGAAACUCAAAGCCAACGCCGUGCAUAGCAUCUGCGUGCUCUCCAUCUUCGAGACGGAUUUUCUGGCGCCGAUGGGGCUGGCGCUCCCAUUGGGUAGGGACGACUUCCGGAACCUCUUCGCCGAGUUCCGGCAGUCGAACGUGCUGCUCGACGGAUCGCGCGUCGAGGAGUGGAUCGGCUUCGACUGCGCGACGAACGAGGCGACGUGGGUCCGCGACAACAUCGUGCUGACGGUCCGCAAAGAUGCGGCGGUCGAGGACCGACUCGACGUAUUCCAGGAAUGGCGCGACUACCUGGACGACCGCGCAAGCGGGCGGCCGGCCGGCGUCGGAAGAGCAUUACUUGCCUCGUCGCAGGAGGUCAUGGCGAGCCUCGAGACGAACAUCGUGACGGGCUCGCUCGCCGCCGCGGGCAUCUCGGUCGCCGCCUGCUUUGCGUGCGUGCUCCUGCUGACGCGGGCGGUAGUGCACACGGGCCUCGUGUUGGCAACUGUCGUGUGGAUCAACGCCCUGCUCGCGUCGCUGAUCACGUGGUCGCUCGCCUGGAAAAUUGGCAUCAUCGAGGCCAUUGCCUUCACGAUCUUCGUCGGAAUAUCGGUCGACUAUGCCUUACACGUCGACCGCGCCUUCCGCUACGCCUGCGCGGGCGAGAUGAUCCGGGCCGGGCGGCUGCAGCAGCUCCGGCGCGCGCUGGGCGAAGUUGGCGCUCCGGUCGCCGCGGCCGCGGCGACGACGUUCGGGGCCGCGGUCUUCCUCCUCUUCUGCAUCAUCCUCCCGUUCCGAAAGCUUGGUGUACUGAUCUGCGCGCACACGGCUUUUUCGGGCGUCGCCGCGCUGGUCGUCCUGCCAGCCAUCUUGGUGGUGCUCCCGAACAAGGACGUCUCGCCGGCGCGCGAGGAACAGACGGAGUCCUCGGCCGUCGAGAUGGCGCCCGUUCAGGCGGCGCUCCCGCCUUUGCCGGAGAAGGGCGUCCGGGUGGCGGAACAGGAGAAAUCCGACCUCGACGACGUCCCCCUCGACCAAGACCCGGGCAACUACAUCUAG